GGAGUCUGACUCCCUAACGCCUAAGCGCUCGAGCUGGAAUAAAACGACGUUCACGCGCAAGACCAGUAGUAUAUGAAACGUUAAGCUCGUGAGCUGCACGCAUGGUGGAUGUAUUAAUUAUCCGAUAGGACGAUAUUCUUUCUUAAAUUAAUUCAUUUAUUUUAAUCCCAUUUAUUCUCGUUUCCGUGCUGACAUUUAUGCAUUGCCUUGUCUGAGCUAGCAAAGCCUCAAGUACAGCUAACCGGCUAACACGGUUACGGUAUCAAGACAAAAACUAUAUUCAUUGCUUUGUCGUCGUUUUGUUUUGACGGCUUCUUGCGGAUCUGCGAAUUUUUCCUGAAGAAACAAUCGAGCGAAUGAUAUUUACUAUAAUGAUAUCACUACAGUGCCGUAUGUGACCGGUGUUUAUGAAGCCGUCCUGGAUAAUUCACCUGAGAUCCGUCUGCAGCGACAGCAUGGAAAACGUUUUCCUCGAGCAAGGUUAAACUCGGGAUUGUCAAUCUGGCGUGCUCUUGAGCUGUGAAGUAGACGUGUUUAAGUCCCUGUAUUCUGAGAAACCCGUGGAAGAAGAGUGGAGUAAUGGUGAUGAACGCGGUUCAUUGGUUCAGGAAGGGCUUGAGGCUGCACGAUAACCCCGCACUCCGGGAGGCUAUAGAGGGAGCGGACACUUUACGAUGUGUUUACAUUCUUGACCCCUGGUUUGCAGGUUCAUCCAACGUGGGAAUCAAUAGAUGGAGGUUUUUGUUGCAGUGUCUGGAGGACCUGGAUGCCAGCCUUCGCAAACUCAACUCUCGCCUGUAUGUUAUCAGAGGACAGCCCACUGAUGUUUUUCCAAGGCUUUUUAAGGAGUGGAAGAUCACGCAUCUGUCUUACGAGUAUGACUCCGAACCAUUUGGGAAGGAGCGGGAUGCCGCCAUCAAAAAGCUAGCCAACGAGGCAGGGGUGGAGAUCGUUGUUAGAAUCUCCCACACACUCUAUGAUCUCGAGAAGAUCAUUGAGCUGAAUGGUGGGCAGCCCCCUCUCACCUAUAAGCGCUUUCAGACGAUUAUCAGUAGAAUGGAUCCUGUAGAAAUGCCAGCAGAGACCAUUACUGCUGAGAUAUUAAGGAAGUGUAUCAUGCCUGUUGGUGAUGACCAUGAAGAGAGGUUUGGUGUGCCCUCACUGGAAGAGCUUGGCUUUGAGACAGAGGGUCUACCAUCUGCCGUGUGGCCAGGAGGAGAGUCUGAGGCUCUGACUCGGCUAGAGAGACACUUGGAGAGAAAGGCAUGGGUGGCUAACUUUGAGCGUCCCAGGAUGAAUGCAAAUUCAUUACUGGCCAGUCCUACAGGUCUGAGCCCUUAUCUACGAUUUGGCUGCCUCUCCUGUAGACUCUUCUACUUCAAACUCACAGACUUGUACAGAAAGGUAAAGAAAAAUAGUGUCCCUCCACUGUCUCUCUAUGGCCAGCUGCUAUGGAGAGAGUUCUUCUAUACUGCAGCCACAAACAGUCCAUGCUUUGACAAGAUGGAGGGCAACGCAAUUUGUGUGCAGAUCCCAUGGGACCGUAACCCAGAAGCAUUAGCAAAGUGGGCAGAAGGCAGGACAGGUUUUCCCUGGAUUGAUGCUAUCAUGACCCAGCUGAGGCAGGAGGGGUGGAUCCAUCAUCUGGCACGGCAUGCUGUUGCAUGCUUCCUCACCAGAGGAGACCUGUGGAUCAGCUGGGAGGAAGGUGUCAAGGUGUUUGAAGAGUUGCUACUGGAUGCAGAUUGGAGUGUUAAUGCAGGCAGCUGGAUGUGGCUCUCCUGCAGCUCAUUUUUUCAGCAGUUCUUCCACUGCUACUGCCCGGUGGGUUUUGGUCGCCGCACCGAUCCCAAUGGAGACUAUAUACGUCGGUAUUUGCCUAUAUUGAGGGGUUUUCCUGCCAAAUACAUCUAUGACCCUUGGAAUGCACCAGAAAGUGUACAGAAGCUUGCUAAGUGUAUCAUUGGGACGCACUACCCUAAGCCUAUGGUCAACCAUGCCGAAGCCAGCAGAAUAAACAUCGAGCGUAUGAAACAGAUCUACCAGCAGCUGUCUUGCUACAGAGGCCUUGGACUUCUGGCCUCUGUGCCAUCCAAUGUCAGUGGUCAGGGUGAAGGUGCAGGAGCAGGUCUGAACUCUGCAGACAGCACACAGGAGACCAAUGGUGCAGUGCAACUGCCCCCAGACAGCAUUCGAGUUGUGUCAGCAGGCCUAAUGCCUCAUACUGACCAACUAAGUGGUACUAAUGCCCAGCCACAGUCAGGUGUUACAGGAACUGGUGGAGUAAAAUCUUGGAGACAAGAAACAAUUCAAACACAGAGAGGCAGAGGCACAUCGACUCUGAAGCGAGUUAGUGAAGAGUUGUUAUCAAGCAACGCAUGCAAGAUUCACAAACAGCACAGUGACGAGCCACACUCACAGUGAAAGAAAGCACAUACCUCUCCUCAGGCUGCCAGCAGGAUGUAUUCCAAAUUGUAGUAUUGAGGACUUUCUAGAUAUUGCUUAUCUGCUUGUAUCACUUUUAAUAAUACUGUAUGUACCCUGUAUGCUUGACUGUAGUGCUCACAUGAAAUAAAGCUUGAUAUGUGACUGUAAAUCUUUAUAUAUAAUAUAUGCUGUACAUACUCACAUUGUUCUAUAUGUUUAAAUCACUGUAAGUACAUUAUUUUAGUGUCUGUACAAAUCGUUUAGAAAAAUUGUUUAUGUUCACUGGUUUUAUGUAUAUGUAUAUAUAUAUAUAUAUAUAUAUAUAUAUAUAUAAUGUCAGCUGUAUGUCCAUGCACUAAAUUUCCAUGUGUAAGCCUCCUUCUCAGUAUUCCAGAUCAGUGUGGAAAUAUUUGCAUGCAUGGAUCUUUUAUACUGGUGUAUCUGUGCCAUAAGGAUUGUGCAGUGCAAAGACUUGGCAUUUUAUUGUUCAUGUAAUAUAUUAAUACAAAGAUAUGAAUGUGUUUACUUUGAGGAUGAUGAUGAUGAUGAUAUAAAUAAUAGUCCCAUCCAAAAGGUGUCUCAUCUACUAAAG